GAGCGACAGAGAGCGAUAGAGGUAGAGACAUAGACAGAGACUGGAGAUAGGGACAGAGAUAGAGACAGAAACAGAGAGUGGAGACUGGGACAUAGAGACAGAGAUACAGACAGAGACAGAGAGACAGGGACAGGGAGAGAGAGAGAGUGGGGACAGUCUGGUUACAAAGUGACUGGGUACAGGGAGAGAGCAAUAAGGCGGAGGGGGAAUCAGAUCCAUUCCGCAAGAGCUGGAGGAUCCGAGUGAGGAGCAGCAGCGAGCGCCGCUAGGAGCCUCCCCUCCCCGGAUGAGUGAGCACUGAAUCAGGCCGUAAUCGGAGCCCAAUCACGGUCAAGGAUGGAUGAUACAUACAGCCUGGGGACGCAAGAUGGUGGCAGUGAUUUCGGACAACUGGACCUCCACAUGUUGAACAACACUGAGAGUGCACUCGAGUCAGUUGGUCCAUUUCUGCACAUCUCAGAACAACCGAAACAGAGAGGAUUCCGAUUCCGCUAUGGCUGUGAAGGGCCAUCUCACGGAGGCCUUCCAGGAGCAUCCAGUGAAAAGAAUCGCAAGACAUACCCAACCAUAAAGAUUUUAAAUUACACUGGUAAUGCAAAAAUUGUCGUCCAGCUGGUGACAGCCAAAGAUCCUCCCAAAUUGCACGCUCACAGCCUGGUUGGGAAACAAUGCACAGAUGAUGGUGUCUGUAUCGUUCAAGUCGGACCAAAGGACAUGACAGCACAGUUUACUAAUCUGGGCAUUCUACAUGUCACAAAGAAGAAUGUUCCGGAUGUCCUGUUCGACAGGUUAUUUAAUGAGAUGUACCAGAGGAAUCCUUUGGAUAGAAAGAAUUUUCUGAGCAAGGGCAUAAUGUCAGCCCAGGAAAUUCAGCAGUUUCGACAAGAAUCUGAGCAGUCAGCAAAGGAGAUGGAUCUAAGCGUUGUGAGGCUACAGUUCACAGCUUACCUCCCUGACAGUGAAGGCAUGUACACACUUCCGCUUGAACCCGUCGUCUCAGACCCCAUCUUCGACAGCAAGGCUCCAAAUGCUUCCAAUCUGAAGAUUGUCAGAAUGGACAAGACGUCAGGCUGUGUGACUGGAGGAGAUGAGAUUUACCUCUUGUGUGACAAGGUUCAGAAAGAUGACAUCCAAGUCCGUUUCUAUGAGGACGAUGACAAUGGUUGGGAGGCAUAUGGAGACUUUGGACCCACCGAUGUUCACAGACAGUUUGCGAUUGUUUUCCGGACCCCACGAUACUGGAACAUCGAUAUUGAAAAACCAAUCACAGUCUUUGUCCAGCUGAAGAGGAGGAAAGAUGGAGAAACUAGUGAGGCCAAAGCAUUCACAUACUGCCCCAGAGUGGAAGACAAAGAGGAGGUCCAUCGGAAGAGGCUGAAGAGGCUCCCUCACUUCUCUGACCAUUUUGGAGGAGGGAGUUCAUCAGGGGGGGCUACAGGGUUUGGAGGAAGAGGAGGAGGAGGAGGAGGUUAUAACUUCAAUUCUAUCGGAUUUGUGAACAGUUUUGGAAACCCACACUGUACGUACCAACAGGGAAUGCAGCAUGCUGGGGGACCACAGGGGUGUAUGGAACUAACCACUGAGCAGGGCCUCCAACAGAUCACUACAUCUCAACCCAGAGCCCAGGGCACAGACAGCUCUUCAGGGGAGGUCCAACAGAUAACCCUCCAGCCAGAGCAAUUUCUUCAUAUGAGAGCUCUGCAAAUUACACAGCGCACAGCCCGGGCUUUACUGGACUACGCCAUCACUGGAGACGUCCGCAUGCUACUGGCUGUCCAGAGACACCUGACAGCUAUUCAGGAUGAAAAUGGAGACACGUCGUUACAUUUGGCCAUCAUCCAUCAACAGCCCCUUGUGGUCCAGCAGCUGCUGCAGGUUAUUGUUAGUAUUCCACGGCAGAACAUCAUCAACAUCCCCAAUGAUCUACGGCAGACUCCUCUGCACCUCGGAGUAAUCACCCAGCAACACAGGAUUGUUGAGUUACUGCUCACUGCUGGAGCUAAUGCCACCAUUUUAGAUCGUCAUGGAAACUCCAUUCUCCAUCUUGCCCUCCAUAGAAAGGAUGAGAAGAUGGUGGAAUUAUUGCUGGAACAUCUGAAGCCUCAGGCCCUCAGCAAACUGCUGACGUUACCAGACUGUAAUGGGUUGUACCCAGUGCACCUGGCAGUGAAAGCAGUGAAUAAAAAAUUGCUGCAAAUUCUGCUGAACAAAGGGGCAGAUAAAAACAUUGCUGAACAGAAAAGUGGCCGGACGCCUCUGCACUUAGCUGUGGAAAUCCAGAGUCUGAAUCUGGCUGGACACCUCUUGUUGGAAGCUGGUGUGGAAAUCGACCGUCCUACAUUCGAGGGGAACACUGCUCUUCACUUGGCUGCAGGCUAUGGUCUCCCAGCUCUCACCGCUAUGCUGCUUACUGCAGGAGCUGAUCAAAAUGCAGAAAACUAUGAGCCCAUAUUGGAUUCAGAGGAAGAGGAUGAAUUGGAUCAGGAGGUCUGUCAUGGGCACACACCAUUUGACAUCACUGUCAGUGAGAAGGUUCGUGACAUUUUACUGGGAGAAUCUUGGAAAUGGAAGGAAACGAAUCAGCAGUCGACUGAAGGCCAACAAGGCAGUGUUGCAUCACUCGGCCCUGAAGCCCUGGAAGAACUGAACAAAGUGUUAAACCAGGAGGUGGCAAGUUCGGACUGGGUACACCUAGCAGAAAAGCUGAAUCUUGGCUCCCUUUCUGAGCUACUCAAAACUGCCAAGUCACCAAGCAAGUCACUGUUGGAUAAUUUUGACAUUUCAGGUGGGACGAUUGAGCAGUUAGUUAACGCACUACAGUGCCUGGGUUUGGAGAAAGCGGUGAACAUUAUCCAGAAAACAGAAACAUAUAAAGCACUUCAAUCCUCAGAUGGGAAACAGUCAGUGGACAGUGCCUACGAGAGUGGCUCGCAAAAGGAAAUCAGCCCAAAGGAUAAUCUGACCCCCACAACACUGACCAGUGAGCAGCAGGUUUAACCGGGAACAUCUAAUGUUUAUACACACCUGAGAUAUUAGAAAAGAGAAAGUCAUUCCUGCAAACUGUAGUUUGUAACAAACUGAUCAACCGUAUGCCUUUAAAAAGAAUAUGUGUGUGUGUGUUGCCCAUUUGGAUUCUGUCUUCUUUGUACUAAAGACUGCUGAUCAAUGGAUGGCUCUUGUGUCGUGGUGACAUGUGUCAUGAUCUACUGAUUGGUGUAUCAGCUGAAACCCAAAAAUCGUGCCUGUUCCAGUAUUGAAUUAAUUGCCGUGUUCUAAUGGGUGAUGCAGUGACCUCACUGUGGAUGAACAGUUGAUUAAUGUUUACACAUCUGUACAAAAGGGUUCACAUUUCAUACAGAACACAAUUAUGAGUUGUCUCUUGCUGUGCUCGGCCUGUGAUGUGUACGUUGGGUUUAGUUGACAGAGGGCAGAGCUGAGGACAGCAACCACAGGGCAUGGUGAAGAGCCAUGGGGAAAUUCGGGCCACCAUCCUGAAUGGGUCCAACUCUCUCCUUCACCCCCACCCCCCAAAAUGGUCAGGUUACAGGCUCUCCCCAUGACCUCCUUAAGGUAAACCAUGAUGUUGCUUUUUAUCUCAACCCCAGUCCACCAAAUUGGUACUUGCAUAGAAAUGGGCCUGGAAGCUGCCUCUCAUUACUCCCUCUCCAACUGGUUUAGAGCAGCAGGCACCUGCCAUGGCCUCGAUUUAGUUACACAGGAAAAAUACUUUCAAAUGCUGUCACUUUGAGGAAGAAAUGUCAGCAGAAUAUGGAGAGGCACUUCAUGGAGCCAGACUCUGUGAUUCCAAACAACUGAUGUUAGUCAGUAUUUCAUGGAGACUGGAUAACCAGCAGGUGAUGGAGUCACCCGUGCUUAGUUUCCCUCUUGCUCUAGUACUGAUCUGUAAUAUUUAUCUGUUUUUUGUUUAAUUUAUGAUUUUAUAAUGUAAGAUGUGAUAAUUAUAAGGGCAAUGGUGCACGGUUUAGUGUGAACUGAAUCCGGACAGCGACGAUCUAGUCAAUGAUUUUGCUGGAGCUCCUUUCACUGGUUCGGUUGGUGAACUGGAACCAGCUCUAUUCUAAAAAAAUACAUUCACGUUGAGCAGGCGCUUUACGAAGCUUCACUUUUAAGGAUGUAAAUGUAUUUAAGUGGAAGACAUUUUCUGCUAUCAUCACCACGGUCUCCCUGUGACAGACAGCUUCACAACAGAUGGGUGAUUGUACAGUUCUGUUUAAUGGUGAUUACCUGUGCAGUGUGUCUCCUGGCCAUUGCUAUAAGUGAAAAGCACUGUCAAUGCAAGUUCUGUCAUGUUUGUGGCUAAAAUUACUUCAGGACUAGUUACAAAAUAAAAGCUUUAAAAAACCAA